CGCAGUAACGUAUCCUCCGUAAUGGCAGGGAGAAGUCGCUUCUCCGAGCUCCUUUAAUAUGCUCCCUGUCCAGGGCACAAGGGCACCACCGGACCAGUCUCAGAAUGACCACCGGCUUCAGCUCCGGUUCCUGCCGGUUCGCAGAUUAUUUUGUGAUCUGCGGACUCGACACCGAAAGCGGGCUGGAACCCGACGAACUGUCCGCUUUAUGCCAGUAUAUAGAAGCUACUAAAUUCAGAGAUGGGGCCAGAGGAAAAUUGGCAAGGGCAAAUGAAGGUGAGAAUUUUGAGCAGAGUCCCCUGCGGAGAACCUUUAAAUCCAAAGUCCUAGCACAUUAUCCAGACAAUGUCGAGUGGAAUCCAUUUGACCAGGAUGCAGUUGGCAUGCUCUGCAUGCCAAAAGGUCUGUCGUUCAGGACACAGGUGGACUCCCGGGAGCCCCAGUUCCACUCCUUCAUCAUCACCAGAGAGGACGGCUCUCGGACCUACGGCUUUGCCCUCACCUUCUUUGAGGAGGUGACCAGCAAGCAGAUCUGCAGCGCCAUGCAGACUCUUUACCACAUGCACAACGCGGAGCAGUACGACAUCUUGCACACGCCCACCUCGCCGCAAGGGCCCGAGGACCCGCGACACCAACACCCGCAGCCUCGUCCCAUGCUCCACGCUGCGCCCUCCAUCUCCCGUCUGCAGCGCUUCAACUCCUAUGACAUCAGCCGCGACACGCUGUACGUGUCGAAGUGCAUCUGUCUGAUAACGCCCAUGGCCUUCGCUCAGGCCUGCAGGAAGGUGCUGCAGCAGCUUCACCAGGCUGUCACUUCCCCACAGCCUCCGCCCCUCCCUCUGGAGAGCUACAUCUAUAACAUCCUCUAUGAGGUGCCCCAGCCACCCUCCGGGCGUUCCCUCAAGUUCUCAGGCGUCUACGGGCCUGUGGUGUGCCAGAGGCCGAGCACAUCUGAGCUGCCGCUCUUUGACUUUGCCAUCAGUGAAAUGUUCAACCUGCUCGGGGUGGAGAACGUUCUGCAGCUGUUCACCUGUGCCCUGCUCGAGAUGCAGAUCCUGCUCUAUUCACAGCAUUACCAGAGGCUGAUGACGGUGGCAGAAAGCAUCACGGCCUUAAUGUUCCCCUACCAGUGGCAGCACGUGUACGUUCCCAUUCUGCCCGCCUCCCUCCUCCACUUCCUGGACGCUCCCGUGCCCUAUCUCAUGGGCCUCCACUCCAACGGGCAGGACGACCGCACCAAGCUGGAGCUGCCCCAGGAGGCUAACUUGUGUUUCGUGGACAUCGAUAACCACUUCAUCGAACUGCCCGAGGAGCUGCCCCAGUUUCCCAACAAGCUAGAGUUCAUUCAGGAGAUCUCGGAGGUACUCAUGUCCUUCGGCGUGUCUCCAGAGGGACACAUUCACUCCAGCGACAGCCAGGCCAAAUACCGGACCUUCCGAUCUGUUGACAUGGUCUCUGACAAGCGCAACGGCAACCUGGCGUCGCCCCUCAACUCCUACCUGCUGAGAGAGAACGAAACAAUUGCCAGACUGCAGGCUCUGGUCAAGAGGACAGGUGUUAGCCUGGAGAAGCUGGAGGUGAGAGAGGAUGCCAGCAGCUACAAGGAUGCUCGGGCUCAGUGCGAUGAGGAGGAGCUGAAGAUGCACCAGCUCAACAUCCAGGUGCGCGAGGUCUUCGCCAACCGCUUCACCCAGAUGUUCGCCGACUAUGAGGUGUUCGUCAUCCAGCCCAGCCAGGACAAGGAGUCCUGGUUCACCAAUCGUGACCAGAUGCAGAACUUUGACAAGGCCUCCUUCCUGUCCGACCAACCAGAACCCUACCUGCCCUUCCUCUCACGUUUCCUGGAGACCCAGAUGUUUGCCUCCUUCAUCGACAGUAAGAUCCUCUGUCAUGACGAUGAGGAGAAGGAGCACACGCUGAGGGUGUUUGAUUCCCGCGUGGAUAAGAUCCGCAUGCUGAACGUUCGCACUCCCACGCUGAGGACUUCUAUGUACCAGAAAUGCACCAACAUCGAAGAAGCAGAGAAAGCCAUUGAGAUGAGAGUGUCAAAGAUCGACCACACCGCCCUGCACCCCCACCUGCUGGACAUGAAGAUCGGUCAGGGCCGCUACGAGCAGGGCUUCUUCCCCCGACUGCAGUCUGAUGUGCUCUCCACCGGGCCCACCAGCAACAAAUAUGCCAAGAGGAGCGCCCCGGCCCAGUGGAGGAGGAGGGAUCGGCAGAAGCAGCACGCCGAGCACCUUUACUUAGAUAACGACCAGAGAGAGAAGUACAUCCAGGAAGCCAGAAACUUGGGCACAACCAUCCGACAGCCCAAACUGUCCAACCUGUCACCUUCUGUCAUCGCUCAGACCAACUGGAAGUUUGUUGAAGGGCUGCUGAAGGAGUGCAGGAACAAGACCAAGCGCAUGCUGGUCGAGAAGAUGGGUCGGGAGGCCGUGGAGCUGGGUCACGGAGAAGUCAGCAUCACCGGCGUCGAGGAGAACACCCUGAUUGCGAGCCUCUGUGACCUGCUGGAGAGGAUCUGGAGCCAUGGGCUGCAGGUUAAACAGGGUAAAUCUGCCUUGUGGUCCCACCUGCUGCACUACCAGGACAGCAAAGAGAAGAAGAACGCGACCCCGGGUGGUUUGGGACCUCCAGGUUUUAUUCACGACACUGAGAGGCGUAAGUCUGACGGGGGCAUGUCCGCCAUGCCGCCUCUCAAAGUCUCCCUGAUCCAGGACAUGAGACACAUUCAGAAUAUAAGUGAGAUCAAGACAGACGUGGGCAAGGCCAGGGCCUGGGUUCGCCUCUCCAUGGAGAAGAAGCUGCUGUCCAGACACCUGAAGCAGCUGCUCUCAGACCACGAGCUAACAAAAAAACUGUACAAGCGCUACGCCUUCCUGCGAUGCGAUGAUGAGAAGGAGCAGUUUCUUUACCACCUCCUGUCCUUUAACGCUGUCGAUUACUUCUGUUUCACCAACGUCUUCACAACCAUCAUGAUCCCCUACCAUGUCGUGGUGGUUCCCAGUAAGAAGCUGGGGGGCUCCAUGUUCACAGCCAACCCUUGGGUGUGUGUUUCUGGUGAGCUGGCAGAGACCGGAGUCCUGCAGGUCCCCAGAAACACUCUGGAGAUCACAUUUGAGUGCCAGAACCUGGGCAAACUCACCACCGUGCAGAUGGGUCACGAUAACACAGGGCUCUACGCAAAGUGGCUCGUGGAGUGCGUUAUGGUCCGCAAUGAGAUCACAGGGCACACGUACAAGUUUCCGUGCGGCCGGUGGUUGGGGAAGGGAGUGGAUGAUGGCAGUCUGGAGAGGAUCCUGGUGGGAGAGCUGAUGACCCCCAGCACGGAGAACGAUGAAAGGAUGUGCCGCACACCUCCGAUGCAGCAGUCCCCGGGCAUGAUGAGGAGAUUCGUUACCAUCUCGCCAAACAGCAAACCGAAGUUAAACACAGGUCAGAUCCAGGAGGGAGUGGGAGAGGCCAUCAACGGGAUCGUGAAGCACUUCCACAAGCCAGAGAAGGAGAGAGGCAGCCUGACUCUUCUCCUCUGUGGGGAGUACGGCCUCGUCUGGGCUCUGGAGCAAGUUUUCCAGCACGGUUUCAAAUCACCCCGACUCUUCAAGAAUGUCUUCAUCUGGGACUUCUUGGAAAAGUCACAAGUGUACUUUGAAAGUGCCGAGCAGCGGGAGGCGACCCCAGAUGAAAACUGGCAGACCAGAGUGCGCCACUUCUGCCGCUUCAUGCGCGCCAUCAACAGCACGUCGAGAAACAUCGGCAAGGACGGGAAAUUCCAGAUGCUUGUCUGUCUGGGCGCAAGGGACCAUUUGCUGCAUCACUGGAUCGCUCUGCUCGCAGACUGUCCGAUCACUGCUCAGAUGUACGAGGACACUGCACUGAUUAAGGACCGCUCGCUGGUGAACUCUCUGAUCAGAGUACUACAGACUCUGCAGGAAUUCAACAUCACCCUGGAGGCUUCGCUCGUCAAAGGUGUUGGUAUCUAAGCCAACUUCCCACCAGUUGUACUUGACCAGGAAGAUCACUGGGGACCACUAAAAAGAAACAACUGAACCUUUUAUAUGCAGGAACAGACUUGAACAAAGGACACUUUCUGGCUUAUAUUAAAGCUACUGUUACAUUUGCCAUAUAUUAAGUGCAAUGAGCCUUUCAAGAUAUGUUGUUAUUUUUAUCCUCGACGAUGUUGCCAUUAGAUGUUAAAAAUAUGUUUUCUAUUAUGAACCAUGAUUUUCACAUUAUUGACGAUGACCUCCUUGUGCUAUAAUGUUUUAUUGAAAGCUAAAUAUUUUCAUUGUUAUCGUGAACUGCUGACAAUGGCUUUAUUUAAGGGAAAGCGAUGAUCAAAACUGUUAAUAUAUUUUCAGAGAAAAACAGUAUUAUUUUGUUAAAUCAGUCAAGUUGCUUGCUCUGGUGUCAACUCCGAAUUCAAUGUCAUAACGCAGAGCUUGAAGCAAAUGAUGUAGAAGUAUGCUUUAUAAGUAUGUGUAUGGCAGGGAGGUUUGUAGAGGGGAACAUGAUUCACCCACAUAGGACUCAAAAGGCUGUUACAUUUGGGCCUUUCCCUGACAAAAGUACAAGUAUGCAAAUCUUUUACAUAGAAUACCUUCGACAGAGAAAAUGAUCCUGCUUGCAUGAUACUCAGACUGUGUGGCUUGAGCCUGUAUCCAGUGAUGGACGGUAUAUUCAGUUGGAAAAUACCCAAAGUCUUGUGCUCCAGACACAAGUGCACCAAGAGAUGCUUGACCCAGCUUUGUGUGCAGAGUGGAUCACAAUGACAGCCUUCAUGUAAAUACCUCCAACUAGCCCUUUCCCCACCAUCAUUCCAGUCCUCAUACUACAUCUGCCCUCUUCUCUCAACAAAAACAGUGUAAUGAUGUGAGUAGAGCCCCUCGUGAUGAAGGAUGAUCUCCUGCUUCUCAUCUGGGAAGCCAAAGGGACUGCUUUUUUCCCCCCUCCUCCUGAUUUUAUUUUUUUUCAUCAUGAUUUCCUGCUAUGCAAUAUCCACAAGAGAAAAAUUGAGAUAUUACCGGGCCCCUCCUCCGUUAUAUACAUUGAACUUUACUGUGCAGAACAAGAGAUUUGAUAUGUGAUGGACUUCUUUUCUGUGCCAACAACGUCUGGAAUGACUGUGUUGUACUCAUCUGUGUACGACCCACACACACACGAGCAUCUUGGGAGAUAUAUAUUUUUGUUUUCCAAUACAGUUGUACAUUUAUUGACAUAGCUGUGUAAUGUAGUGUUUACUAAGUGAGCAACAGUGUACAGUGUAAAAAAUAUAUUAAGAAUAAAGCAUCUGUCAUGCAUUAAAAUGGA